GGAUGCGUAGUAUCAACUUUCGUCGAAUAAAGACGAAAAAAGCCGAAGGAGACAUUGACUAUAUUGGAGUAUAGUAUAGAUUGUACCCCUUUCAUGAAAUUACUAUUCCGUGCCAGAAUAGUGGACGAGCUGUAGUAGUUACGAGUUUACAUAAUUCGAUUAAUUAUUUUAUCUGGAGUAUAUAUAACAAUUAGAACAAACAUGUUUUGCAAUCGUAUGUCUUCAAUAAUUCGUCUUGCUGCGAAACAGCAGCAAGAACAACAGCAACGGGGCAUGGCAACGCUUAAAGCUAUCUCCAUGCGUCUUAAGUCAGUUAAAAACAUUCAAAAAAUCACACAAUCCAUGAAGAUGGUGUCUGCUGCCAAAUACAAUAGGGCAGAACGUGAUUUAAAACAAGCUCGUCCACUCGGUUUUGGCACGAAAAUAUUUUAUGAGCAAGCUGAGAUAGCUGCACCAUCAGAAGAACCAAAAAAACUAGUUGUAGCAAUAACCAGUGACCGUGGUUUAUGUGGUGCUAUUCAUACUGGCGUUUCACGUAAUAUCCGAGAAGCCUUAUUAGCAGAUCCCACAGAACGAGAAAAUACUAAAAUUAUCUGCGUUGGAGAAAAAUCACGUGCUAUUUUGUCACGUUUGUUCGCUAAAAAUAUGUUAUUUGUUGUAUCCGAAGUAGGACGUAAGCCGCCUACUUUUAAUGACGCAGCAAAAGUUGCUAUAGAAAUUAUGAACAGCGGUUAUACUUUUGGAUCUGGUCGCAUUGUAUAUAACCGAUUCAAAUCUGUAGUAUCCUAUAAUGUUGAUCAACUGCCUUUAUUCGAUAAAAAUGCAGUACUAAGUGCCCCCAAGUUAAGUGUUUAUGAUUCUCUUGAUGAUGAUGUUAUACAAAAUUAUUUAGAAUUCUCAUUGGCAUCCUUAUUAUUCUAUUCAAUGAAAGAAGGAGCCUGCAGCGAACAAUCCAGUCGCAUGACUGCCAUGGACAAUGCCAGUAAAAAUGCAGGAGAAAUGAUUGACAAAUUAACUCUUACAUUUAAUCGUACACGACAAGCUGUUAUUACUAGAGAAUUGAUUGAAAUUAUUUCUGGUGCUGCUGCAUUGGAAUAAAUAUUCCAUUUUAACACCAUAAUGUGUUUUAAUAUUAGCACUAAGUAAUAGAAGAUAGAAAACAGACAAAAAGGGUAUCCGAAUAAGUCUAAGACAUUGUAGUGAAAUUCAUUAAAAAUGUGCUACAAUUUGGACUGAUAAUGAAUACAUACUGUUUUCAACAAAC